AUGUCUGGUAGCAACGCCGAGGCUAUCCCUCCCCCGCCCACCGACGGCUGGAAAAACGAGGGUGUCCGGGUUAUUCCCGGCGACAACCUCGACCAUAAUACGCACUCGACGCCGGGCAUGGAUCGCGCGGCCGCCAUCAACUUCGCCCGCGUGGGCGCAAAAAAGAUAUGGGCGGGCACGGUGCAUAUCCACCCGGAUGCUAAGACGGGGGCGCAUCACCACGGGCACCUGGAGUCCGUGAUCUACGUCGUCAAGGGCAAGGCGCGAAUGCGGUGGGGUGAGAAGCUCGAGUUCACAGCUGAGGCCGGCCCCGGCGACUUCAUCUACGUCCCGCCUUACGUGCCGCACCAGGAGAUCAAUGCCAGUGCCGAUGAGCAGCUGGAGUGUGUCUUGAUGAGGAGUGAUUCGGAGGCUGUUGCGAUCAAUUUGCCAAAUGUUGAACCAGUCGAGAAGCCAACCACAGUGAAAUGGAUUGAUCCUACACAUACACAUUAG